CCCUAAAUUUUUUUGUGGCGGACGCUUGUUGAUCGCGAUAAUGUGUGUGGCACGUGAAAUUCAUCCAUCACGCAUCAAGCUCAAAGAGCUUCUCUAGCAAGAUCUACGGAUCACAUCAGGAGCGCAGGUUUACCCAUACUAAAGUUGCGGAGGUUAUCGUUCGUAUGAUGCACGUUUCGGCAAGUGGACGAUUUUCAAAGGUCGCAUAUACAUGCGGCGAACCACAUCUGAUACUGACUUGGACGUUGUGCUUGAUCGUGCAUGCCUCGCGGGAAUUCUUGGCAUCCCCCUCAUUCAGGUUGAUUCUCGGGCUGACCAACGGAAUCAUGGCCGCCCUCCGGAUUUCACUGAACGAGGUCUGCGGGCCGAAGCAUGUAUUGGUGGGGAUGAACUACCUCAACAGCUGUAGGGCCAUUAGCAUGGUUGUGGGCACAGGAGUCGGGGGUCUUCUGGCUCAGCCUGCGGUUCACUAUCCAAGCGUGUUUUCGGCUACGGGGCUUUUCGGGAGGUAUCCGUUCCUGCUGCCAAACCUUGUGGGAGCGUCUUGCGCGCUCGUUAUCAUGGUCCUAGUGAUAAUUUACCUCCCGGAGACGAAGGAUUACGCGACCAUCGCGGCGAAACGUGCUUUUCUGCAGGAGCAGCAGCUGCAGCAAGAGCAGCAGGAGCAUACCAGCGACGGCGUCAGUAACGGCUGCAGCGAGGCGAUGGCCAACGGCACUAAUACCAACCGCACCAAUCGUGACGAACCACCACCCAGCAGCCCUACCGGCACGUCCGACGUCGACGAGAAAGGGGAGGAAGAAGAGAUUGGGAUAUUCGGUCGUCACGGACUGCUGGUCACCCCGCACGUCAAGACUCUUCUCACCCUUGGAUGUGUGGUGCAGGCGCUGCAGAUCGGCUUCGAAGAAGCGUACCCUCUUUUCGCGCUCAGUACUCCUGAUGUGGGAGGACUUGGCUGGAACACCUUUCAGAUCGGGAAGGUCUUGGUCAUGACAGGCCUCUUCAUGGCCUGCUUCCAGCUGCUUCUUCUCCCACCCUUAAUCAAGGUGGUGGGUAUCACGAACUGGCAGCGCGUCGGAUUCGUUGUGGGGGCGCUUGCAUUCAUCGCCAUCCCUUCCGUGAGGUUGCUCAGCUGGAACUACCCCUCCCUCUUCUCGGCAUCGGUGGCGGCCAACACUUUUGCCUCGUGUGGUCUAGCUGCGGUAACCUUGGCAAUGUCGGUUGGGUCGACCACUCUUGUCCCUUCAAGGAUGCGCGGGAAGCUAGGUGGACUCUACAACAUGGCCGAGAGCCUGGGCCGAUUUUUGGGGCCGGCGGGGUUCGCCAUCACGUAUGCAUGGUCUGUUUCUCCUUCCAGCUCUGCUGCAGGUUUCGAUUGGGUGAAUUUCCGCUUUGUGUUCUGGGUAUCGGCGGUGCUCCUGGCUUUGUGCGCGGUGCUAGCAUGGCCGACGCUAACUGCCGAGAAUCUGAUGCAGGGAGAAGUUGAGGACGCUGUCAGCGCGUCGAUUACUCCCCAUUCUUCAGGUUCUUCGCCGCGACUUGGACUUGGAAGGGUUUUUUUCCGCAAUAAGAAUGAGCAGCCUGACGCUGACGUCCACAUUGAAGACUCUUUAUUGUCGAGAGUAGAAAUAGUGAAACGAGAGACGGACAUGGUUUGAGCCAGCCAAAGUAUUUUUAGACCGAGGUUUGCGCACGGGCGUGUUCAGUACUGAAAUAUUGAUGAAAUGCGUGUUGAGCGAUUGCUCGUAUUCAACAGGAGGCAGUGCACAGUGGCAUCAAAUGUGCUUUACAUGUAUGCAUACAUGCCGCUAGAUCGGGGUUUCCAUGAUAAAUGGCUUGGCCAUGGUGAGUUUUAAAACAAUUUUCGAUGGGUUCGUU